UUCUGAUGAAAAAUUCACAUGCAUUUUUGCUAUGAUUGCACUAAGACACCAAAUUGGCAAAAAAAAGGGGGAGAGAGAUCACAUAGAUUUUGCACACGAGAUGCAUGGAUGGUAAGAAGUGGAGGACAGAGAGUCUAGAAUUCUGGUGUGCCUGUGGUGGAAAUUGUCAGGCAAAAGUGAGCGAUAGGCACAAAGUGUCUUUUCGAUAUAAAUAUGGGGAAAAUCUCGGCAAAUCACCCAAACCAUUGAGUGACUUCAAAGUGAUCAGACAUGGCUUCGAAGGUAAGGGGAUUAUCCAUUAUUGCACUGCACUUGUUAUCAUGGAAUUUAUUUAUUUAUUUAUUUAUUUUGUUGACACAAUUUUUCAGUUGAUUGUCCUUGCUGCCCUCUUGGCAACUGCCACUGCCGUUGCUGUGGCUCCUCUUGGAUAUCCAGCAUACGGACCAGCCUAUGGACAUGCCUUUGCUCCAGCUGUCGCCAAAGUCGGCCUAGCCGCUCCUAUUGCCAAAAUCGCUGCUCCCGUGGCCGUAGCCAAAACUGUCGUUGCUGAUGACUACGAUCCCAAUCCUCAAUACAGCUACAGCUACGACAUUCAGGAUGCUCUCACGGGUGACUCGAAGAAUCAACAAGAAUCAAGAAAUGGGGACGUCGUUCAGGGAUCCUAUUCCCUUGUGGAGCCCGAUGGUACCCGCCGUAUUGUGGAGUACACAGCUGAUCCCGUGAAUGGAUUCAAUGCCGUCGUUCAUCGUGAACCACUGGCCACCAAAGUUGUUGCUGCUGCUCCAGCCGUGGCCAAGAUUGCCGCUCCCAUCGGUUAUGCUCAUCCAGCUGUCGCCAGGGUCGGCUAUCCCGGUCUCUAUCACUAAUUCACAUUCCUCCACGCACCCAAUUCAGCAGGACUGAGAAAAGCUCCCAUCAACGCAAAAGUCACACGCUGAUGUGAGUUUUUCUCUCGCAAUCCUCUCCUCAUCCGACGUUGGCUUUUGCACAAUUUCUUGCACUGUUUUCGUCCCCAAAACUAUGUGUAUAUAUAUAUAUAUAUAUUGCUAUAUAUUGCUAUUAAGAACCGAUUUCACAAACUCCAUCAAAGUGAACAAUUAAUGAGCGUUUUUUUUUAACAAUGUUGAAUUAGAUUGUGAAUAAUUUCCUAUAUUUACGUCUUCCCUGCAUUGAUCUACAUUAUUAUCUCUUCAUUUAAACACAUUUCACUCUUUUAUCUUCUUCUCUUCUCCUUUUUUUCCACUCAUUCUCUCUCCUUAUUUGUUUUUUUUUCAUGAAGAAAUCAAUUUAUAAAAUAUUGUCAUUCAAUUUGUAAAAAAAAAAAUGAAGAACAAAGAAUGCAUCAAAUAUGUUUAUAAUGAUGAGAAAAUAAUUAAAAUUUAUUCAUAUUUAUUAUUAUUUAAGACUGCAAAUGUCCGCAAGAGAAUUAUACAAAAAAAAAACAGCAAAAUAAAAUGCAAUUGUAACAAAGACA